AUGGACGGUGCCAUCGAAGACGAAAAAAAGCCAUUUGACGCCGAAACAGCGCAGGACGAUGAUGCGCAGCCUGAUCCCGAUGAACAUUUGAUGCUGAAUCAGGGCUCUGGAGCUGUAUGGAUUGUCAAGGUUCCCAAAUUUUUGAUGGAACGCUGGUCUGCGGUGAACGCAGAAGAUGUGCAUCUCGCUACGAUACGCCUAUACCAACUACCAGACGGGAAGCAACGCGUUGUGUUGUUCCUACCACCUAACCGAGAUCCUUCCAUACCACCUUCUUCUCAACCACCACCUCCGGAGAACCCCAAUAGACCUACCUUUGACCCCUCCGCGUACACAACCUAUACGGCUUUGGGUUCGGAACCGGAUUGCUACGAACUCGAUUUGGUCAUUGAGGAUGUUCAAAACCAGGUCGUGGUCGCCGAACGGCCCAAAGAUGCCUCCACGUCUGCAUUUUCAUCUUCCUCCCAACCCACCCCUCCAAAUAGCCGUGCGCGUACGACGAUCUUGACUGGGAAAAUAAAAAACGAAUUCAACAUGCGUCCGGCUCUUACCGCCACGUAUCGCAAGCAAAUGAGAGAGCGCCAUAGAAAGGCCAAUACACCGGCGAGGCAGAUCAGGAUGAUUGACGAGGCUGGAGUGCCAGGUGGCAGAGGAGGUGUGAACAGACUGAGCAGUGGCGUUGGCGUGGGGUCUGGGAAUGCAUUUGGGGAUCUUAUUCGCACAAAACCAAAACCUGCCAAGGGUGCUUUCGAGCGCAUGGCCCGCAUGCCUCGCAAUCAACUUCUCGACGCUCUUUUCUCACUGUUCCGAGAGUCUCCACGUUGGUCUAUUAAACCUUUGCGGGAUAAAACACAACAACCAGAGGUAUACCUGAAGGAGGUGUUACAAGAAAUCGCAAUGCUGCAUAAGAGUGGCGAAUAUAAUGGCUUGUGGGAAUUGAAGGAUGUUUUCAAAGAAGAAGGAAGCAUGAAAGCGGAGAAUGUGCCUCUCACAGCUGGGACCAGUGGUGAUGUCAAAAUGGAAGACGAUGAUGAUGACGACGACGACGAAGACGAUGAUAUGGAGGAAGUUUCAUAG